CUCAGCAUUCCGCUAACCGCCAGCGACUUGUGCAUAUCCAGAAGAGAUUUUGCACAAUCUCUUGCUCUUCAGCUAUAUCUAUACUGCGCAGGGCGCACCGUGCAAGGUCGGCGCGACGGAUACAGGUUACCUCGAUGGACUGCAGGCAGGCGACACAAACAGGCGAGGGGCAAUGGCUAUCAAGCCCUGGUACGCACGGAUGGGCUUCAAUCUCCUCUCCUCAGGUACAAGUGCAAGCUCUGGCGAAUUCUUCUCCACGUCUGCGGCACGCCUUUCUGCGAAACAUCCUCAGCUACUCGCCCUCGCCGACUCUUGACCUGGACGCUUUUCCAUGUCGGUCGUGGAAGAACGAAAGCCAUACAACACAGAGCGCGCCGAAACGCGGAUCUUCUAGCUCCUCGCAAAUCACUGCUGUCGCCUUUGCUUCGACUGCCGCCUCGUGUCUUGCUCGCAUGGGAUGGGGGUCGCAGUUUUCCUGGCUUUGCCUCUAUUUCGCUUUCAACCUCAUCCUGACGCUAUCCAACAAAUCUGUCCUUACCAGCUUCCCAUUCCCAUACACACUCACUGCAAUUCACGCUCUUUGUUCGACUGCCGGUGGACUGUUCCUGCGUUCACACUCUUUUUAUAUUCCCAAGCAACUGGACCUAAGGAGUGAAUUAUGCCUAGCUGCGUUCAGCUUUCUCUACUCCAUAAAUAUUGCAGUGAGCAACGUCUCACUAAACUUGGUCACCGUGCCGUUCCACCAAGUCAUUCGUGCGAUUACUCCUUUGCUUACUAUUGCACUGUCUACAUUUCUAUAUGGCAUCUGUGUGAGGCGCGACCGGUUGUGCUCCCUUCUUCCGGUUAUGUUUGGUGUGGCACUCGCGACAUAUGGCGACUAUUACUUCACUCUCUGGGGUCUGUUCCUCACGCUCAUCGGCACAUUUCUGGCGGCACUGAAAACCAUCUACACAAGCGCUUUACAAUCUUCAGCCAAGAGACCGCCGCCGCCGACUUCGGAGAUACCAACUCCUGCCACUUGGGGGAGGUCACACCAUGCCAAUCACCACACAGCUCACAGUCAUAUAUUGAGCGGUUUGCGACGCUUUCUGGUCCCUCCAAAGCUGGACCUGCACCCACUAGACCUCCUCACUCGAAUGUCUCCCCUGGCCUUUAUUCAGUGUGUCGUCUAUGCCCAGCUCUCGGGAGAACUCGAUCGCCUUUCGCGUUUUGGCAUUUCGUACCAUGAGCCAUCUGUCUCCGCGCAAUUGUUGAAUGCUACUGUGAUGCAUUCACAGUUACAUCUACCAGGCAACGCACUCUUCAACACGACGACAGCGUCUCUAGACUGUCUACAUCCGCAACAGCCUCUGAGGGUGGGCGGCGUUCCGCUUUCGCAGGUCGUCAUUCUUCUCAUCAACGGAUGCAUCGCAUUUGGCCUCAACGUCGUCAGUUUCUCGGCGAAUGGAAAAGUAGGGCCGCUGAGCAUGACCGUUGCAGCCAAUGUCAAGCAGGUCUUGACGAUCCUCUUUGCCGUCUCGCUCUUCAACCUGACCAUCACUACCACAAACGCCAUCGGCAUCUCUAUUACCCUCCUCGGCGGCGCCUGGUACGCUUGGGUGGAAUAUACCUCCAAACUCAACAAGAGGGGAGGUCUCCAAUAAUUUCUUCUUUUCACAUCGCUAUUUCCAAGAUAUCCAUAUGUCACGCGGACUAUGAGCACCUGCGGACUCGUCAUUGUACCUCGUUACCCAUAGC